CGCAUCCGCUACUUCGAUCCGCUCCGCAACGAGUACUUCUUCGACCGCAACCGGCCCAGCUUCGACGGGAUCCUCUACUUCUAUCAGUCCGGGGGCAAGCUCCGCCGGCCCGUCAAUGUCUCCAUCGACGUCUUCGCCGAUGAGAUCCGCUUCUACCAGUUGGGUGAGGAGGCCAUGGAGCGCUUCCGGGAGGACGAGGGCUUCAUCAAAGAGGAGGAGAAGCCUCUGCCCCGCCAUGGUCAGGUCUGGCUCAUCUUUGAGUACCCCGAGAGCUCCAGCUCAGCCCGGGCCAUCGCCAUCGUCUCUGUCCUGGUCAUCCUCAUCUCCAUCAUCACCUUCUGCCUGGAGACGCUGCCGGAAUUCAGGGACGAGAGGGAGAUGCCCAUGCCCCUGCCCCCACAAAGUGGAGGCCUGAAUGGCACAACCGGGGACUCCCCACCCAUGCAGCCACCCAGUAGCCUCUCUGACCCCUUCUUCAUCAUCGAGACCACCUGUGUGAUCUGGUUCACCUUUGAGCUCCUCGUCCGCUUCUUCGCCUGCCCCAGCAAGCCCGAGUUCUCCCGCAACAUCAUGAACAUCAUCGACAUCGUGGCCAUCAUCCCCUACUUCAUCACCCUGGGCACCGAGCUGGCCCAUGAGCAGCAGCAGCCUGGGGCUGGUGGUAGCAAUGGGGGCGGGGGCCAGCAGCAAGCCAUGUCACUGGCCAUCCUCAGAGUCAUCCGCCUGGUCAGAGUCUUCAGGAUCUUCAAGCUCUCAAGGCACUCCAAGGGGCUGCAGAUCUUGGGACAGACUUUGAAAGCCAGCAUGAGGGAACUGGGCCUCCUCAUCUUCUUUCUCUUCAUCGGGGUGAUCCUCUUCUCCAGUGCUGUCUACUUUGCUGAGGCCGAUGACCCGGAAUCUCAUUUCUCCAGCAUCCCUGAUGCUUUCUGGUGGGCGGUGGUAACCAUGACCACCGUGGGCUAUGGUGAUAUGCGACCUGUCACCGUGGGGGGCAAGAUUGUGGGUUCCUUGUGUGCCAUCGCGGGUGUGCUCACCAUUGCCCUGCCCGUCCCCGUCAUUGUGUCCAACUUCAACUACUUCUACCACCGAGAGACUGAUCACGAAGAGCAAGCUAUCCUCAAAGAUGAACACAGUAGUGCUCAGGGCAGCACAGCGGGGGGAGAUGCAAAGAGAAGAUCCAGUAGAAACUCUCUGAACAAAUCUGUUGUGCACUUGGAAAACAGUGAGGGGUUCAACAAUGGCACCAGCUCCUUAGAGAAAACCAAUAUCAAAGCGAAAAGUAACGUAGAUCUCAGAAAAUCGCUCUAUGCUCUCUGUCUGGACACCAAUAGGGAAACAGACCUGUAA